CUUGACUUCAAUGAUUCUCACACGGAAGAACAGCAGGGGACGUGAAAUUCCAGUGCACAACAACAACAGCUCACGCUUUUGGUUUCUCACGAUGGAGGUGAAUGAUUUUCGGCCAUAGGAAGAGAAUCAGAGGAAAAUCCAGAACAACAGCAAAAAUUGAGUGUGAAAGUGGAAGCUACUUACUUGCGGCAAGGAGGUGUUUGCCGGAUUUUUUGUUGAAGUGGCCAUGGGAUCUUACCUCGACGAGAAGAGCUUACCGUAUAACUCGGUUUCUUUCACAAACAGAGAGAAACAUGUUCAUAACAAUAUUGAGAUUAAGAGUGAAAUUGACUUACCUACGGCGAGGAGAGUUUCGCCGGAUUAUCGUUGAGGUAUGUGUUGACUCCUCUAUUGUUACUAACAAUCUUAAAUUGUUACUAACAAUUUCUCUAACAACCUUGCUUGUUGUAGGCUUUUGA